CCCCACAAGAGGCGGAGGACGUCUGAGCCGUCGGAGAUCGAGGAGAGACUCGAAUCGCUCAUCUGCAGGGUGGGAGAGAAGAGUAAUUCAUCUUUGGAGAGCAACUUGGAGGGACUAGCUGGUGUUUUGGAAGCUGAUCUGCCGAAUUACAAAAGCAAGAUACUAAGAAUACUAUGUACUGUUGCACGUCUGUUACCAGAAAAGCUUACUGUUUACACGACACUAGUUGGAUUGCUGAAUGCCAGAAACUACAACUUUGGUGGCGAAUUUGUAGAAGCCAUGAUUCGCCAGCUUAAAGAGUGUCUGAAAGUCAAUAUGUAUAAUGAAGCUGUGCAUUUAGUUCGUUUUCUGUCUGAUCUUGUGAAUUGUCACGUAAUAGCUGCACCUUCAAUGGUAGCUAUGUUUGAGAACUUUGUGAGUGUGACACAGGAGGAAGAUGUACCCCAAGUACGAUGUGACUGGUAUAUAUUUGCAUUUCUGUCAUCUUUGCCUUGGGUUGGAAAGGAGUUAUAUGAAAAAAAGGAUGCUGAAAUGGAUCGUCUCUUGUCUCAGACAGAGAGCUAUUUGAAACGCCGCCAGAAGAUUCAUGUGCCCAUGCUACAAGUUUGGACUGCUGAUAAACCACAUCCACAAGAAGAGUAUUUAGACUGCCUUUGGUCUCAGAUCCAGAAGUUGAAAAAAGACCGUUGGCAAGAGCGACACAUUCUGAGGCCCUACUUGGCUUUCGACAGCAUUCUUUGUGAAGCACUGCAACACAAUCUGCCUCCGUUCACUCCUCCACCUCACACCGAAGAUUCAGUGUACCCAAUGCCAAGGGUUAUUUUUAGGAUGUUUGACUACACAGAUGACCCUGAG